AUGAUAAAAUUUAAAUCAUCCCACCAAGUCCACUCCCUCCUCCUACGUUCCAUCACCAAUUUCCUCACAACCUACCAAAAAAGGGCUCACAACACCUCAACAACCCAAGACCUAACCUCCAAAAACCCCCUUCUAACCGACUUCCUCAUGAAAUCCCUUAAAUUCCCCUACCAAAAAGCCGACACUCUCUCCAGCUACUUCCCUCCCGUUGACUCCACCGAAAAGCCCGAAUUAGUCGUCCGCUACUUCGAAUCCCUCGGCCUCUCCACUGCCCAUAUGCAGUCAGUAAUCAGACGCCAACCAUUUGUCUUAUUCAAAGAUGUCGACAAAAUCCUCAGGCCCAAAGUCGACUUCUGUCAAGAACUGGGCCUGCGUGGACCCCACCUGCCCAUCUUAUUCUCCAAGAACCCCACACUCCUAUCCAGCAGCCUCGACAAAAAGCUAAAACCGAGCAUCGGGGUCAUCAAGAGAGUCCUCGAGUGCUACCGGGGGAAAAAGACAAAUGACGAAAUUACCCUUCUCCUUUUCCGCAUACUCUCGAGGUACAGCUGGGACAUUGGGAAGGAGGCGACACUCGAGUCCAACAUAGCCUACUUGAAGAGCUGUGGGAUUAUUGGCUCUCAACUGAUUAUGCUUAUGAAAAUCGAGCUUAGGUUGUUCUCCAUGCGCGAGCCCGAGCUUAAAGGGCUCGUUUCGCGGGCUGUUGAGAUGGGCUUCAAAAUGGGCUCAAGAAUGCUGGUCUACGGUGUUCUAGCACUCUACAGUAAUAGCCCAGAGACUAUUAGUAGAAAGUUUGGGCUGUUUGAGGAGCUUGGGUUUAGAAAAGAAGAGUGUAGUUUGAUGUUUGUGAAGUCGCCCAUGCUUUUGAAGGCAUCUGAGAAGAAGCUGAGGCGUUCGGUGGACUUCUUUAUAAAUACUCUGGGGUUUGACAGGUGUCUGCUUGUGGGGUCUCCUUUUCUUUUGAAGUUCAGUUUGGAGAAGAGGAUGGUGCCAAGGUUGAAAGUGAUGGAGGUGGUGAAGUCGAGGGGAGUUCUGAAGAGGCAUCCGAGUUUUAUUACGGUGUUGUUGUUGAAGGAGGACGAGUUUGUGGAGAAGUUUGUCUCCAAAUACGGGAAGGAAUUGAAAGUUGCUUACGAGAAAUGGCGUUUGGGGUCUUCCUGA